AUGUCCGGUGUCGAUGGCUUUCGUCUGCACCACGGCGACUGCUAUGAUUGGUACUUGCACGUCGGUGUCAAAGCGAACGUUGUGGACGUCAAGACUGGCUUGGAGCAGACUACGAAUGAUUUCAGGUUUACUUGGUACCAGGAUAAACAAGGCACUCAGAAACCGAGGAUGGUUGUUCCUAAGACUUAUCAAGGGGUUUUGGGAGUUGGUUGGGGUUGGGGCAAGGCGAUGCUGUGGUUGGAAGGAAAACGGGCUUUGGAGUUGGGUGCUAGGAUUCGAGGUUCGAGGAAGUAG